AUGGGAAAGGACUGUGCCUGUGCCAAGCUUUCAAUGGACAAAAGUGAGUCAGGUGCGGUUUGCAUUCUUGAGACUGCUUCAGUGCAGAUGCUGCACUUGGGCGUGCCCAGGAAGUCUUGCGGCGGUGAUGUGUCACUGUCCAAGGAUGACAGAUCUGUCUCGCUCUGGUGUAGGAAAGUCAUGUCUUGGGGUGGUGUUCAGGGUCCCUGGCGAGUAGCCGCACCCAACAAACCGUUCAAGUGCAGCACCUGCUCAAAGCGUUUUUGCUCAACAGAGUCCCUGCGAGUGCAUCUGUAUUACAUGCACCGUGCCAUCAAGAUGCACGUAUGUCAGCGCUGUGGACGCUGCUACAAGAAGCGCUAUGACUUGAGAAAGCACUGGGAACGGAGCCCCCUUUGUGAUGAACUCAAUAUGGCUGCUGCAUCUAGCCUGUAA